CCGUUUCGUCGUGAAAAAUGGUCAAGUUUUCGCAAGUGGUGUUGGUAGUGUUUCGCGAAACGUCAGGCUGACGUGUUGGUGGUGUCAGUAUGUAAACAGUGAAAAUCGUGAAUUUUGAAAAAACGGGCAAAAAUGUCGCUUCCGGGCAACGGUAUUUUCGUCGUAAGGGGUGAAAUGUGCACGUUAAUGACGGCGAUGCGCCGUGGCGCCCGCUGGUCGUCCCACUCUCACCAAGACGACGACGAACCUCUUAUGAAAAACUUCCAAGAACUGAAGGAAAUCCUGAACAAAAUCGACGACUUGCGUCUGGUGCAACCAAGCAUCUACUUGGGGCCGUUCCUGGAGGUGAUCCGAUCGGAGGAAACCACUGGUCCGGUCACAAGUCUCGCGUUGUCCGCCGUUAACAAAUUCCUAGCGUAUGGAUUGAUCGACCCCACGCACAGCUCGGUGCCCGCCACCGUGCACAGCAUCGCCGACGCGGUCACGCACGCCCGCUUCGUGGGCACCGACCAGAGCUCCGACGGGGUGGUUUUAAUGCGGAUUUUGCAAGUCUUGCGGACUCUUACACUGGCCCCCGAGGGGGCCACGCUCACCAACGAGAGUCUCUGCGAGAUCAUGCUGUCGUGCUUCAGGAUUUGUUUCGAGACACGUUUGAACGAAUUGUUGAGACGCACCGCCGAACACUAUCUCAAAGACAUGGUCCAGCUUGUCUUUAUGCGCCUCCCUCAGUUUUCCGAUGACCUGUGUGCCGUCAAACAAUUCAAGAUGAGGCCGGGGGCUAUUGAACAGACCCGGACGAAGCGGAAAAAGUCGUUCCGACUGUCGAAAAGUUUGGAGGAGACGCCGUCUCCCACGACCCAGCUGAAGCCCCAAAAUCACAGUAACCACCUUUCGACCACCCCCAUGACCCCCGCGGGGAAUAUCGUGGACAUGCAGGGGUCAAUUUCGCAAAAUACCCCCGAAAAUGCGGCAGAAUCGCCCUCGAAUUUUUCCGAAACUGGGGAAAGUAACGUGCAAAUAAGUGUGGAUCCGCCAAGUCCGGAGGAAAAUCACGAGGAGGAAGCGACGCCUGAAGUUGAAGAGACUCAGGAUUAUGUCAACCAGAGGGGGAUCAGGUUCACGCAACAGAUGGGCGAGGAGGUUGUGUUGAUUCCUUACGGCCUAGCAUGUGUGCGUGAAUUGUUUAGGUUUUUGAUCAGCCUGUGUAACCCGUUAGAUAAGCAAAACACCGAUGUUAUGAUUCAUUUGGGGCUCACGUUGCUCACUGUGGCCUUUGAAGUGGGGGCUGACAGUAUCGGCAAAUAUUCACCGCUUCUGGCUCUAGUCAAGGAUGAUUUGUGUCGGAACUUAUUCUCUCUGUUGACGUCGGAACGCUUGUCGGUCUUCGCGGCCGAUUUACAAGUCUGUUUUUUAAUGUUCGAGGCGUUGCGGACGCACCUCAAGUACCAGCUAGAGUUCUACUUGACCAAACUAAUUGAUAUCAUUGUGACCGAUUCGGGGAAAAUCUCCUACGAACAUAAGGAAAUCGCCCUUGAUAAUAUCCUUCAACUGUGGCGAAUUCCGGGUCUUGUGACUGAGCUCUACCUAAAUUAUGACUGUAAUAUGUAUUGUACAAAUCUCUACGAGGAUUUGACUAAACUGUUGGCGAAAAACGCAUUUUCGGCCACGUCUGGCGUUUAUCACACGCAUAUGUUAUCACUGGACGCGCUAUUAACGGUUAUAGAGAGCAUAGAACAACAUUGUUUCGAGAAAAGUGAGUCGGAAGAAGGGGUUAAAGUCGAGUCAAGCACCGAAAAUAUCGAAUCCAUCACGAAUUUUAUUGGUAAGACGACAAGACAGAAAAUCUCUGAUCAAAUUCCCAGCAAGGACGAACUCAUGGCCCAAAAAAACAUAAAAAAAUGGCUCCCAACCGGAACGGACCACUUCAACCACAAGCCCAAAAAAGGCAUCCAGUUCCUGCAAGAGCACGGCGUAUUGAAAAGCGAGCUGGACCCGCACGAAAUUGCGCUUUUCCUCAAGGAAAAUUCCGGACUGGACAAGAAAAUGAUUGGGGAAUUUUUAGGAAAUCGUAGUAAUGUCGCAAUUCUUGAUGCGUUUCUGAAAACUUUUGAUUUUACAAAUACACGAAUCGAUGAAGCUUUACGACACUAUUUGGAGACUUUUAGAUUGCCGGGGGAAGCCCCCAUUAUUUCGCUCCUGAUGGAACAUUUUGCGGAGCACUGGCAUAAAAGUAACGGCGAGCCGUUUGCCGACGUCGAUGCAGCUUUCACACUCGCCUACGCUGUGAUUAUACUAAACGUGGACCAACAUAAUCAAAAUGCGAAAAAACAGAAAACUCCAAUGACACUUGCCGGGUUUAAGAAAAAUCUCAAAGGGGUUAACGGAGGCAACGAUUUUGAUGAGGAUAUGUUAGACGAGAUUUACAACGCGAUUAGGACUGACGAAAUUGUGAUGCCGGCUGAGCAGACGGGCCUCGUCCGUGAAAACUACCUCUGGAAGGUCCUUUUGCGCAAAGGAGCCUCCAAAGACGGUGUCUAUUACCACUUAAACGGGGGUCAGUUUGACCAGGAACUGUUUCAAUUAAUUUGGGGCCCCAUUGUGGCCGCCCUGUCUUUUGUUUUCGACAAAUCAGAGGAGCAACUGAUUUACAAAAAAGCAAUGACAGGAUUCCAGAAAUGCGCAUUUGUUUCGUCACACUUUGCAAUUUCGAAAAAUCUCGACAUGUUGAUACAAACCCUAGCCAAAUUCACCAACUUCCACAAUUUGCAAAGACCGAACAACGGCAUUAUCAUGUUUGGGGCCAAUAUUAAGGCGCGUCUGGCCUUGAAAUGCGUCCUUGACUUGUGCCACCAACACGGCGAUAACAUUCGAGAAGGCUGGAAGAAUUUAUUCGAUUUGGUUUUGUCGUUGUACGUGUUGGGUUUGUUGCCGAGAAGUUACGUCGAAGCUGAGGAUUUUAUCGAAAGUAGCGGGAAAUUCAAUUUGGUUUAUGAGGAGGUGGAAAAUUUGCAAAAACAAGAAAGCGGGCUUUUUAGUUCGUUGUACUCCUACAUGGUUUCGAGCGAGAAUUUAUCAAAAGUACCAACUGUUGAAGAACAACAACACAUCGAUGUGGCGAAAGAGACGAUAAGGGAGUGCAACUUUGAUUUGGUUAUAACCGAUUCGAAGUUUCUUCACGACGAGUCACUUAAGGCCCUUGUUGGGGCUUUGGUCGAGCUGUCGAGGCCCCCAGACGUCCAAAAGAGCCUCGGGUAUAAUUACAAUGAAAACGUCGCCGUGUUUUUCCUCGAACUUUUGAUCAAAAUUGUGAUACAAAACCGGGAUCGAGUCAUGACAAUAUGGCAGACCGUCCGCGACCAUAUCUACACCCUCGUCAUGAACUCCUCAGUCUUCGACUACCAAUUUCUACUCGAACGAUCAGUCAUCGGCCUCCUGCGCAUUGCAAUUCGUCUAAUGCGCAACGAAGACAUGAGCCCCAUCGUCCUCCAAUCCCUCCAGAUGCUCCUCCUCCUCAAAUCCUCCACUCUGUGUCGAAUUUCGCGCCAAAUCUCGUUCGGCCUCUACGAACUCCUUAAAACCUCCGCCCAGAACAUUCACACCGAGACAGACUGGACGAUUAUUUUCACCCUAUUGGAGUGCGUGGGGGCGGGCGCUGUCCCUCCCAAAGCAGUCGCCGACGACCACCCCACCACCAAAUCCGACGGCGAAGGCGUGGCUUCCGACGACGACACGCCCGAACGUGGCUACACCUCCGACUCCGAACUAAGCAAAAGCCCGAAGCACCGCCCACAAAGCCCCGCCUGUGGCUGGAUACUGGUGGGUAACGAAGGCGAGAUUCAACCAGUAGUGGGGCGUACCCUCCCUCCAAGUCAGUACAGUCUCGCCCUUGAACGUAAUUUGGGGCCGCAUGACCCGAGCAGUUUGAUCAAAUGUUGCGAAAGUCUUGCGUUUCUGGUCAGGGAUGUGGCUCAUAUCACGCCCUAUAAUUUCGACGAUUGCGUUCACUGUAUUAGGACGUUUGUGGAGGCCAGUCUCCAUGGUAAUAGGAGACAAAGGAGGGGUAAGGGGCGGAGACAGAGGCGGAAAGGGGCGGAGCGCCGAAGUCCGACGAGCAGUCCGGACGAGGAUAGUGACGAGGAGGAGGUGCCUAGUGGCUAUCACCAAAUUUCGAUACAAUUGUUAGAUUUGAUGCACACCCUGCAUACUAGAACCGCCCAGAUUUUCAAAUGGUGGGCGGAGGAAGGCGGGGCUUUGGCCAAAGAAACGUCGUUGUGGACGCAAGGCUGGUGCCCGUUGCUUCAAGGCAUUGCCAGGCUGUGUUGCGACGUCAGGAGAGAGAUCCGCAUGAGCGCAAUUACAUACCUGCAGCGAGCGCUCCUGGUCCACGACUUGCAGACGCUCACGGGCCCCGAAUGGGAGGCGUGUUUCCACCGCGUCCUCUUCCCCCUUCUGGCACACCUCUUGAGUAACAUUGACCCCAAGGACCCCCUCGCCAUGGAGGAGACUCGCAUGCGCGCCGCCACCGUCCUCUCCAAAGUGUUCCUCCACCACCUAACUCCACUCCUCUCCCUCCCAACCUUCUCCAAUCUAUGGCUGAUUAUCCUGGACUUCAUUGACAAGUACAUGCACGCCGACAAGAGCGAUCUCCUGGCGGAAGCCAUCCCAGAAUCGCUCAAAAACAUGCUCCUGGUGAUGGACUCGGCGAAGGUUUUUGACGGACCGGACGGCAAGAGCCCGCUCUGGGCCGCCACGUGGGACAGAAUUAACAAAUUCCUCCCAGGGAUGAAGGAGGAGUUGUUCAGGGAGCAGCAGGGGAAGCGGGAGAACGUGGAGGAGGUCGUGCAGCACAAUAUCGAGAACGCGACCAGGUCGAUCAUCCUGCAGCCCCCCACGAGCCAACAGCAAGUCUCAUCGCCCCUUUUUGCGCAUUUGGGGCAGAUGGUUUCGACGCCGAUUGCCUCGGCGCUGCCGCCGCCACCGCCCCCGUUCCUCCAGCCGACGCUCCAGCCCGGCAUGCCCUACUUAUACGCCAAAAAUCAAAGUCACACAUUUCCAGUGUUGUACAACAGUCCGGUAUCGUUGUACUCCGAAUAUGUGGGAAACCCCUACAAUAAUGCCGCUCCGGAGGGGGCCACAGCUGAGGAAAAUACGCAGAGUUUGUUAGAUGUUAAUAAAAAUAACGAUCUAGUCGAGGCUGACGCCCCAAAUAACAACACCAACGUGUUUCAGUCUUCAAAUUAUUUCAGUGCGGACUCGGGCGGCGACUUUAUACCCCCGGGCUCCGAGAUUCUGUUUGGUACAGAACAGGGAAACUUCAUUCCAGCGUGUACAAAUAGCGACAUAAAAACGAGCGAUGUUUAAGUGUUUCUAGACUAGAAAAUUUUAAAUCCUAAUUUUAUGUAAAUAAUUGUUCCUGUUAUUUAACGCCCUGUCCCGCAUUAUAUCAAAGAUAUAUUUUUACUCAGUUGUUACCCAAAUAAAACAGUAAGUAAUGA